AUGGGUUCGUCCUUGUCGAAUCUGAACGACGGGACGAAUGUUUUGGCUAUGGGACCUGGCCUCGGCGAUAUACCGGAAAGCUGCAUCGCCUCCGUGUUUAUGUACCUGACGCCGCCGGAGAUUUGCAAUCUGGCUGGUCUGAGUCGCUCAUUUCGCGGUGCGGCUUCGUCGGAUUCUGUGUGGGAGAAGAAGCUCCCGCCGAAUUACCAGGAUCUGCUUGAUUUGUUGCCGCCGGAGAGGUAUCAUAAUCUCUCGAAGAAAGAUAUUUUCGCUGUGCUCUCUCGUCCAAUCCCCUUUGACGAUGAUAAUAAGGAGCUAUGGAUUGAUAGAGUUACAGGACGGGUUUGUAUGGCGAUUUCGGCGAGAGGAAUGGCUAUAACUGGAAUUGAAGACCGGAGAUAUUGGAAUUGGAUCCAGACGGAAGAAUCGAGGUCUUUCUUUAACAAUGAUCUCUUGUUCCAUGUUAUAGCCUACUUACAGCAGAUUUGGUGGUUCGAAGUUGAUGGAACGGUGAGAUUCCAUCUCCCACCUGGUGUAUACUCGUUAUCAUUCAGAAUCCAUCUAGGGAGAUUCACAAAAAGGCUUGGACGGCGCGUGUGCCACUUCGAACACACACAUGGCUGGGAUUUAAAGCCGGUAAGGUUUGCGCUUUCGACUUCUGAUGGUCAAGAUGCAUCUUGUGAAUAUUACUUGGAGGAUGUAGAGAGAGAAGAAGCACUCGGGCAACACAAGCGUGGUUGCUGGAUCGAGUACAGGGUCGGAGAAUUCGUAGUGACCGGUUCGGAACCAUCGACCGAGAUCCAAUGGUCCAUGAAGCAGAUUGACUGCACGCACUCGAAAGGCGGGCUAUGUGUUGAUUCUGUCUUCAUCAACCCUAUUGGGGAUUUGAAAGAUUACAAAAAGAAAGCUUUUGUGAAAUGA